AUGCCUGAUGUCAAGCGUACAGUCAAGCUCGUGACGGAACAGAGUAUCAUCCAGGGCCGAGAUUCAGGCGUGGAAGGAUUCCCUCUUCGAUCAUGGUCGAUUGAGAUCUAUCUCUUGAACGAGCAUGGCGAGGAAGUACCUGCGACACUGUUCGACAAAGUGAUUUACCGUCUCCAUCCCAGUUUCGGUGACCGCGCAAAUCAGACACUCAAAAACCCACCCUUCCGCAUCCAGGAAGAAGGUUGGGGUGAAUUCGACAUGCAGAUUGGUCUUUACGCCGAUAAGGAGCACGCCAUCAACCACGACCUGAACUUUCAGCAGUCUCGAUACGAGUCGAAGCACACAAUCACUUUCAAACAUCCCAAGGCAGCUCUGCUUGACAAACUGAGAGAAUCCGGUCCGGUGCCUGGGGACGAGAAUGGCCUCAAGUCGAAGCGCGGAGCAACGGGCGAAGAAAGUGUGAAGAAAAAGAAGAAGACUGAGAAGAAUGUCGACAUGGACAAACUCGCAGACGGACUCCAGAAACUCGGUGAAGACGAUCUGUUGCAGGUCGUUCAAAUGGUCCACGACAACAAAACAGCAGACUCGUAUACAGUAAACGACGUUGAGCAAGGUGAAUUCCACGUAGACCUGUACACAUUGCCAGACGCCCUUAUCAAAAUGCUCUGGGACUUUGUGCAGACACGCGGUGUCGUCUGA